AUGUGCUACGUCCAAGGCUCCAUCGACCAGGCCACCGCCGUCUGCCCCAUGUGCAAGGUCUACAAGCCCACCGGCGCGAGGUGCCCGCACAUCAGGGAGACGUGCACCAAUCGCGCCAACCACCCCCGCGGCAACGUCGUCUACCUCAAGAACCCCGAAGUCCCGACCUUCAAGGGCUGCGGAUACUGCAAGUGGGCCAACGCCAACCCGCCGUCGAAAGCCGCCGGUUACAACAAUGCCGGUUGGCCCGGAUGCUGUCGCCCGCCCAGGGAGGACGACAAACGGCUGAUCAGCGCCGCCGACUGGCUCGCCGUCUCGCUCGUCCACCACGUCAACAUCCCCGCCGACGUCCGCGCCGCGCUCGAGGGCGCCGGCGUCAAGGUGCCCACGAUCAAGGUCGCCGCCAGCCAGGGCUCGCCCAAGGGCACCUCCGCCACCAUCACGCCCACCAAGCCCAACGCCUCGCCGCGCACCACGCCG